UAUUUGAACCAAAGUUUUAUGCAUGUGCAUUUAUGGACGUUUUCAAUAGUAAACAGAGCAGAUGGUACUGUGCAUUAGUGUGCAUAUCAACGCAACGUGUAUAUUUCACUGAGCUAUUCUGAACAUUCUCGUCAACUAAAAUUCUUGAAUCAGCGGGCAGCUAGUUGACUGAUAAACAGGGUCAUGUCUCAAAAUGGCAAGCGGUACUUAAAAGAAAUGAUGACGGAAAUGUAUGCGAACUCUCUAAAUGAGGCAAACUAUUCGACUAGCACUCGUCUUCACUCCGAUGCAAAAACCUUUAACCCACAGUUUUUUGAACACACUAUUGCAAACACGUUUUGGUUGUAUGUCUAUUGCAUAGCAUUUGCUAACUAACCAAAUAGCUGCAUAAUUUGCAACGUCGUUCAAUUAACAUUAAAUGAUAAUUCUAGUUUUUUUUUGUUUUUGAACGCCCCGCCUGUGAUGUGUGCGCUCACUAGCGCUACAGCUAGGGUGUUACAGCCUAGUUAGGUUUCCGGUUGUAUUCAGGUUCCCGUGUACUGUGCCCUAUUGUGAAUAUUUUCCUGCAAAAGUCGGGCCCCUGAACCGGGAGAGAAAAGAAUAGGCACGGGCCUCUGGAGGGAGGGGGAGUUGAAGCUAUCAAAGGGACCGCUGGAGAAAUCGGCGGAAAAAACUCAUAUUAGGCUAGCUGCGUGUUUUAUGUAGGAAAUAAUACACAAAGCCGCUCUUCCAACUGGGUCCGGCCUGCAACGGAGUGGUCGAAAGUACAGACGAGAGCAAGCUCAACCGGCCGAGUGUCCACGGAUCCAGAGUGCUGGGCCUCCAUUCUCCUCUGUGCAAGACAACCGAUAUAAUCUCACAUUUGUCGCAGAAAUCAAGAUUCAUCUUGUGUGGCUUAGAGGAGUACAUCAAACGCCUUCUGAGGACUUGGAAACACUUUCAGGAGAACUACCCAGCUGUGUCACUGGAGUACUAUUUCCACAAGCAGUGAUGGCCGACUUUUUUUCUUUCUCCUUCAGAGGGAACCAUGGCCAUGUAGAUUGGAAUAUUGGGGAAGCCAGGAGGACGUUGUCAAUGCCAGCAGAACAUCUCUUCUGGGCUGUUGUUGAAACUUUACAAGUUGUCCUGUUUUUCUGUGGACUUUGCUUACCCUCAGUGCUCCACCAUCACUGGACAUCACUGGGUUCAUGAACUUUUUAAAAAUCAGGGAUCCUAGGUAGACUUGUCUGUAGACUAGACAGGUCAUAUCUUGUUUGAAACCAUCAAAUGCCCUCAUUUGUCUUUGAAAUCGUAGCAUAGCUGUACCGCACACACAUACAAGAGACCAGCGCACUGUGCUUGUGCCAGAGCGGUCUGCCACCCCCGAUGACCCACAGACCCCCUACACAAUUUGAAAGCUGAAUCCAUUCGCGAGAGCCAGGAUGACGGAGGCGUGGCAGCAGCAUGCCGUGGGCCCGCCCCCCGUGGUCCACGCCAUCCCGCCGGGGUCGGAGAACGCCCUGGGCUGCGCCGUGUACGGGAUCGUCCUGCAGCCCGACCCCGCCCUCCAGCAGCAGCACGGCCAGCAGCACGCCGCCCAGCCGCAGCAGCCCUCCCUGCAGGUAGGGGGCGAGGGCGGGCACAAGUGCGGGGCCUGCGGCCACGACAUCUCCCACCUGGCCAACCCGCACGAGCACCAGUGCAUGGUGAGCCAGGACCGCUCCUUCCAGUGCACCCAGUGCCUGAAGAUCUUCCACCAGGCCACCGACCUGCUGGAGCACCAGUGCGUGCAGGUGGAGCAGAAGCCCUUCGUCUGCGGCGUCUGCAAGAUGGGCUUCUCGCUGCUCACCUCGCUGGCCCAGCACCACAACGCGCACAGCAGCGGCAACCCCAUGAAGUGCUCCAUCUGCGAGAAGACCUACCGGCCGGGCUCCUCGGGGAACGCCACGCCCACCACCUCGGCGGCCAACCCCCAGCAGCCGUCGGCGGACGGCGCGGCCUCCAGCGGGGCGGCGGUGGGCAUGCCGGCGCCCGCCGGCUUCGUGGCCUCCACGCCCGACAGGCCCUACAAGUGCUCGGUGUGCCAGAAGGGCUUCCGCCACCUGUCGGAGCUCUCGCGGCACGAGCGCGUGCACACGGGCGAGAAGCCCUACAAGUGCGACACGUGCGACAAGAGCUUCAGCCAGUCGUCGCACCUGGCGCACCACCAGCGCACGCACAGCUCGGAGCGGCCGUACAAGUGCGCCGUCUGCGAGAAGAGCUUCAAGCACCGCUCGCACCUGGUGCGCCACAUGUACGCGCACUCGGGCGAGCACCUGUUCAAGUGCAACCUGUGCGAGCUCCACUUCAAGGAGUCGUCGGAGCUGCUGCACCACCAGUGCCAGCCGCAGGGCGAGCGGCCCUUCCGCUGCACCACCUGCGGCAAGGGCUUCAAGCGGCCGUCGGACCUGCGGCAGCACACGCGCACCCACUCGGAGGAGCGGCCCUUCCAGUGCGAGGAGUGCCAGAUGAGCUUCAAGCAGCAGUACGCGCUGGUGCGCCACCGCCGGACGCACAAGAGCUCCGCCGACCGGCCCUUCAAGUGCAACCUGUGCGACAAGGGCUUCCUGCAGGCGUCCCACCUGCUCUACCACCAGCACGUCCACGGCAUGGAGAGCCUGUUCAAGUGCGCCUCGUGCCAGAAGGGCUUCAGCCACUCGGCCGAGCUGCUCCGGCACAAGUGCGGCGCGGCCACCUCGUCGCCCGACCGCCCCUACAAGUGCGACAUCUGCGGCAAGGGCUACAAGAAGUCGUCGACGCUCCAGCGCCACCAGAACGCGCACUGCUCGGAGAAGCCGCUCAAGUGCUCGCUCUGCGACCGCCGCUUCCUCUCCUCGUCCGAGUUCGUGCAGCACCGCUGCGACCCGGCGCGCGAGAAGCCGCUCAAGUGCCCCGACUGCGAGAAGCGCUUCAAGUACUCGUCGGACCUGCAGCGCCACCGCCGCGUCCACACGGGCGAGAAGCCCUUCAAGUGCCCCACGUGCGACAAGGGCUUCAAGCAGCGCGAGCACCUGGCCAAGCACCAGAGCGUGCACGCCCGCGAGGCCCAGUUCAAGUGCGUCUGGUGCGGGGAGCGCUUCGGGGACUUGGGCGCCCUGCAGGAGCACACCGUCCAGCACACUGCCGAGGGAGGGGGCUACCCCGUGCCCCCCUGCAUCCAGUAACCCACUUCCUUCCCGCCCCCCCCCACCCUUUACACUAACUAGUGUCCCGACCCUCGUUUGUGCGUUCAAUAACCAGCACUCACCCCCCCCCCACCCUUGUUAGAACAGAGUAUAAUACAGCCUCCAGCCCAAUCCUUAGCAUCCAGUAACAAUCGCCCUUUUGCUUACAGUAACCAGUGCCCCACCCCCUCUUUUUGUUACAGCAACUAGUUCCCUGCCCCUUUCAGUAUAUGGUAGCUAGUGCUUCUCAACAAAGGACAGCAAGGCCCUCCACUGCCUUAAGUCAAAAAUGGGAAACUUAAAAUGAGGAGCGCUCCCCGCCCUGCUGGUGCGUCGGCCUCCCAGCAGCUAUACGGUACAGUGCAGCGUCACAUGCGCCGUGGAACACCCGUGUCACGUGACUUUUCUCUGCCCCACUCUUGCCUGGUGUGGAUUCAUCUCUUCGAAUAUCUUCGAGUCACCCAGCGGUUCGACUGAAGCCCGUGCCCUUUUGUUGCCAAAAUACCCCAACGCCACGCCCACAAACUUCCCUCACCUGCUGGAGCGCUGGGUAGGGUGGGGGUGUCUGUGGCCUGCUUUUUGGGGAGUUAGAAAAGUUAUGUUAACUCAAAAACAAGACGAUGAAACAAAAAAAAAAAAAUGGACCUCUAGACCUCGACAAGAGGAAGUUUCCAUGACUUCAUCCAAUCCACUGCCCACCCCCUCCCCAAAAAGAAAUCACAUUGGCCUAGCAACCCUGUACGCAUAUAUAUGUAAUGCAUACAGUAUUCCUAUGUGUUUCUUGGCCUCACAGGUACAGUAGCCUGUAAAGCUAUUUUAAAUGAGAAAAGAUAGUUGUGAGUCCAGUUGUGAGAUAUUGAGAUUACAAUUGUGCGUAUGUGCCCGUCACUGUGGCUAUUGCAGUAUGUACAAAAUCCAAUAUGUACCAGAUCCCAAAUAUUUCAGGAACCAGUGAACACCUAAGAUGACUUGGGCUUCCCCGAGCCCUCCACAUUCUUCCAUAAUACAUAAAUGAGCAUAGAUAUAUACACACACACACACACUCAUGUCAUUAUAUACAGUUUACACAUGUAUAGAUAUUCAUCCAGUCUCCUGCAAACUGUCUUGGUAUUGCUGUAUGUACAUAAAAAAAAGUAUGUAUGCUAAUGUUAACUGGUCAUGUAGUAGAAAUUGCAUUGUGUGUUUAAUGAAUCUGCUGUUUUCUCUAACUUUUUAUUCAGUGUAUCUGUGUUUACUGUAGGCUUUUUUUUAACCUUUUUUUCUUUCAAAAGUUGCAAGGAAGGGAUACAUUUUGUUGCCCCUUGCGCCCCCCCCCCUCCCCCCCAAAUAUAUGUGAGUUGGUGGAGUUGUAUAAUGCAGUUUAUUUUUGGUGUGGAGGUCUUUACUGUGGAAAGGACCAUAUCAGUCCUCUGAAAUUUUCAGUUAAAUUGCAGAAUUAUUCAUUGGUCCAGAACUGACCCAGGGUCAGUAUGAGGACAAAGUGUAAAGGCUAACACUUGGAAAAAGUGUCGCUAGACAAAAAUGAAGGUGUUGCACAAUGUUUGGCAUUUAUACAUUGGCAAAGGCCUGCAGGGAGGGUUCUGCUGUCUCUAUGGUAAUGAGAUGCCAAACUCCUGACCCAUUUGUUUACAUUUGUAAACUGUCCAAUUGCACAGAGACAAAUCAAAGCUACGAAGUAUAAUGGCGUCCGCAACGUAACAGAAUUCUAGAGGUGCAUGACAUUGAGUAAAAAUGUCGUACAACACUUUUAAAAAAAAUAAAUUUGGUGCCCAGUUUGGGGCUGAACAUCUCUACGUCCCACCCAAAUUUGAAAUGGCCGACGGUCUACCAAAGCAGCUGCGUUCUAACCCCACUGCCGAUUUGGGAGAGUGUGGGCAACUACGGUUCUCCUCCAAAACGUGUGACAUCGCCAGCCGUUUUUUUCUUUUUUCUUUUUUCUUUUGUCCUCCACAUCACAGACUACAGCAAAGGUUGCGUGGAGUUGGAGGAAAACCUUUCGUAUGCGGCUUUAACGUUCAGUCUACAGGUGCCCGAUCGACCAGCGGGGUCACUAGAUGGUGAUGAAACGCGGACCGCUAACCAACUGAAGCCUCCCGUGCGUCUCUCUAUGGAGCUACUGGCAGUCGGCGCUGUCGUGGUCUGUGGGGCUUAGCCCUGGGGCCUUACCUGAAUGAGCCACCGAGCAGUCCCCCUGUAACAAGUUUUUCAGCUGAAAAUGUGUCAUUUUUGUCUGGCAACACUAGUCAAAAGUGUCGUGCCAGAAAGUUAAAAAUGGGUUUAAAAGCCCCUUCUGCCUCUGAUGUUCAGGGCUAUGUAUUGAGGUGGUGCCAGAGCAGAUUUGGUAUUAUUCAAAUAUUUUUUGGGAACCCAAAGGGGCCUACUGGACCAGUAGCUUCUCUGACUCCUGCCAGCAGUGUUGUUAAAAGUUUCCAGCCAAACUGCAGUAUAGACUAUCAGUUUUCUUAAUGACACUUCAGCCUUAAGCGUGGGAAAAAGAUGCUGUGCGAAGUUCAGUGGGUCCCCAGAUCUAACUUGACUGCCAUUGUCCGUCCUUCCCUGUGGAGUCAGUCUCGUCAUCCUCCACUAAAGGUCAGUAAAGUUUGUGUGCCGUUUCAUUUUUUUUUUUUUUUUAAUUCCCAAUAAUUGACGAAACACUGAGUCAAAAAUUAAUUUGGUUCAAAAGAAAAGGGUAUGUUUUGUAUUUGCGGAAGUUUAAGUGUUGUAUAUUUUUCUUUUUUUAUUAAUAUCUUUAUCAAAUAUAAAUAUAUAAAAUAUAUAUACAUACAUAUAUAUAUAUUCACAGUAGGGGAUUUGAAUGGCGUUUGGGUGAGAGUGAGUGAGGGUUAUUUGCUGUGGAAAUGACCUUUGACCUGCUCUGCGCAUGCUCACAGUGGUAGUCUAUGUAUUUGGGAGCACAUGUCCCUCAUAUCUUUUUUCAUUUGUAGUUUGUGGAAGAGUCUGUAAAAUCCAUGUGUGUAGCAAUGGAUGUGGAUAUUCAAGCUAAAAAAUAUCUGUAUGUAGCAUUUAAUACACAGCACUAACAAAUAAACGUUUUUCAUGAA